GUAGAAGUAGAAAUGGGCAAUCCACAUAUUCUAGUUGUACCCUAUCCAGCUCAAGGCCAUGUUAUCCCUCUCAUGGAACUAUCCCAAAACUUAGCUAAACAAGGCUUCAGAAUCAGCUUUGUUAACACAGAGUUUAAUCACAAGAGGAUCAUGGAUGCAUUUGGAAAGAAUGUUGAUGAAAAUGACCUAGUUCACCUAGUUUCUCUCCCAGAUGGGUUGGAAGAAGGGGAGGAUAGGAAUCAGAUAGGGAAGUUAAUUGAAACAUUAUACCAGGUUAUGCCCAGAACGCUGAAGGAGUUCAUUGAUAAGGUUAAUAGAUCAGAGGAUGAUAAGAUUACAUGUGUUCUAGCCGAUGCUAACAUGGGGUUGGCGCUUGAUGUUGCAGCAGAGUUGGGAAUCCGGAGAGCAGCCGUGUGGCCGGCUUCAGUCUUUCAACUGGUGUCGUGUCUUAGUAUCCCGAAGCUUAUUGAUGAUGGACUUAUUGAUGAAAAUGGUACUCCAGUUAAUGAACAUAAGAUGUUUCAACUGUCACCAACCUCGCCUGCUAUACACCCAACAAAAUUUGCAUGGCUCAACUUUGAUGACUCUACCACACGAAAAAUUGUUUUUCAUCUUUGGAAGAGAAACAAUAAAGCUGUUGAGACAGCAGAUUGGGUACUUUGCAACUCUAGUUUGGACUUGGAGCCUGGAGGGUUCAACUUGGUUCCCAAGGUCUUACCGAUUGGUCCACUAUCAGCAAGCAAUCGGCUUGGAAACCUGUCAGGAAAUUUCUGGCCAGAGGAUACAACUUGUUUGCAAUGGCUUGAUCAACAGCCACCAGGUUCAGUCAUAUAUAUUGCAUUUGGAAGUUUCACAGUUUUUGAUCAAAUCCAAUUCCAAGAAUUGGCUCUGGGGCUGGAACUCUCCAACAGGCCGUUCCUUUGGGUUGUAAGACCAGAUAUUGCCAAGGGAAAACAAGGUGUUUAUUUCCCAGAAGGAUUUCAGGAAAGAGUAGCCAGUCAAGGUAUGAUGGUUGGUUGGGCACCACAAGGUGCAGUUCUGUCUCAUCCUUCCAUUGCUUGCUUCUUAAGUCACUGUGGAUGGAAUUCUACCAUUGAAGGUGUAAGCAAUGGGGUUCCCUUCUUGUGCUGGCCUUACUUUGCUGAUCAGUUCCUGAAUGAGAGCUACAUUUCUGAUAUUUGGAAAGUUGGAUUGAAAUUUGAAAGGGAUGAAAGAGGGAUCAUCUCAAAAGAAGAGAUCAAAACCAAGGUAGAACAAUUGCUUGGUGAUAAAAAUUUCAAAAGAAGGGCUGUUCAACUAAAGGAAAUGGUUGCCAAUAGUGUCAAGGAAGGUGGUAGCUCUGACAGGAUAUUCAAGAAUUUUAUUGAGUGGAUGAAAUCAUAGACAAGUUCUUUGC